CAAAAACUCUCAAUUUAAAAGAGAUGCUUCUCCAGACGCACGAUAUUACCAUUCAAAAUGAAUUAUCCAACGCAAGGACGUCGGCCAAUUGCGCAAGUUCUGGCCCUGUCUCAAGCCCAACCACGAUCGAGAACCGCAUCUUACUCCUCUCCGCUCCUUGCAUAGACCCUGAGACUAAACCCAGUACCAUCCGCCGUAUAGCUCAAUUCUCAUCUACAGGCCUUGGGCAAAAUCUAUUCGUCUUUUUUGUUCUAGAAGAGCCAUGCGAACGCAAGACAGAAAAUACUCCAACUACAGCUGGGCAUGAUGUUCAAAACGGCAGAGAUCAAGCUGGCUCUGAAAGCGGCACUGGCAUAUGCGCAUACAUGCAACUUCAAGCAGAGCUCUUACAGCUCAAUCUCCGCAUAACAAUUAUUCCAGUAGCAGAUAUUUCUCAGCUUACACGUAUCAUAUCUCUGACGUUUCCAACAAAGCGACGCAACCCAUCUCUCACCCUCGCACCCAAGUUUAGCACAGAUCAACAUCAACCCAUCCAGUCUUCUCCGCGACGUCAUACUCACCAUCCAACUUCUUCUUGUUCAUCUUCACGAUUCACUCGACAAGCAAGUCACUUGCAGAUCUUGUCGCCGCAGAAACAGUCAUUUUCUUCGCCAACGCAUCACACACCUCGACAGCCUGAAACACGUCAACUCUUCUCAUCACUUUCCUUUUCGCAAUCUCCACAUUCUUCACGUUCUGCACACUUUUCACACAGACGUUUUUUCAAUCCACAGAUUCCGAAUAAGCAAAAUAUACGACCUUUUACAUCUUAUGAUACUUAUACACCACAUAACCAACACCAACAUCGUUUUCAUCAAGGAACGUCAUUUCCUCCGCCAAUUCAACUCCAGCCAUCUAUACUUUUCCCGCAAAACCAUACACGACAGACUCGACCUUCACCUUUCUCCUCUCCACGCUCACCUGUUCCACCUCGUCAUGCUAUUCAUGCUGCCUCCUCUACUUCUCCCAACACCAACAACAACACCCAGGCCAUUAACCCAAUCACCCUUCUCCCCCUCAUGACAAGUUCUUUCCCGCAGCAGAGUUUAUCCGACCAUACCGUGCACAUUCUCACAGACCUGUAUACUUGCAUUGCAGACGUAGCAUGCGCAAUACACGAACCACACGGGCACUGGCGUCACGAAAUGGAAACGUAUAUUGGCCCAGAAGAAACUCGGGCCCUCGAGGAAUUCUGGGCUGAAGAAUGGGUAGUUGAGUAGGAAUCUAGCAUUAUCGUUUCGCUCUCUUUCUUUCUUUGCCCCUUCAUCAGCCAUGCAGUCGGCAUUGUCUGAUGGCUUGUCUCGAUGGAGCCUUGGAGACCGGUAACCUGCUGAAGUAAGAUUAUUAGCAUGGCUGAUACACCACCUGGC